AUGUCUGAUUUUAACGGCUUGCCCGAUUCAACCACCUCAAAUUAUCAUACCGAAAGGUUCCCUGAAGCUGGUGAGAGCUCUUCCCAGCUUUCAUGGGAUAUGAGGACGCGGUCCUCCCCAUCCCGUUCCCCAUCUUACGAUCCGAGUGAGCCUGCGAAAUACCUCGACAUGAACACUUCUGCUCACCUCGGCUCCUCAGCUCUCAUCUCGUCCCUGCGUACAUCAGGGGGUUCUCCCUCCAAAAUCGUGGCUCAUGGCGGCACUCGAGAACCUGAUAAAAGUACGAGUUCUGGAAAAAAGCAAAACUCGCCACAGAUGACUGGAAAUCGAGAAUACCAAGCGAAUCAAAAACAAGUAGGAAGUCUGAUUGAUAUACAUCAUCUAACGAACCAUGUGCCGAGAAGAAGGUUAACUGUCGAGCAGGAACAGAUACUCUUGAGGCGUUUCGCAGUUCAAGAGUAUCUUAGUAAACGUGAGAUGGAAGAACUCGCGGAGAAGUUAAAAAUACCAACAAGUCAAUUGAGGACAUGGUUUGGGAAUAGGAGAUCAAAGCUUAAAGCUGCUGUUAGACAGAAGGCAAAGAUGGAGGCGGGAAUGGGGCACUUGACUGACGCCGAACUCAGAAGCCUCAGCAAGAGAAGCUAA